UCCCAUCGUGCCCUCCUUUCUCUCUCCUUCCUAGAAGAACCGCUGCCGACCCUCCUCUCUCUCUCUCGUGCACGCCGCCAGAUCUCGCCGCUGAACUUGACCAUGGCGACGACAUCAUCUCCGGGAAGCUCCGCAACCUCCACACCAACUAGAUCUCGCCGCGGAACUCGUCCGCGGCGCCGUCCGCGUCUCCAAGAAGCUCCGCCGCCGCCAUCACGGGUCUUCUUCCCCGAGUCCGGCAUGCCUCCCGAGUUCCACUUCAGAGUCCGCGACUGAGCCGGCGUCCCUCCGCCGCUACCAUGAAUGGAGUUCUCGCCAUGUCCGAUGCUCCCGGAUGGGCACGGCGGCGCGAACCCCCAGAUGGUGGUGACCCAGUUCCGCGAGCCCAGUGCUCGACGUCGAGGAAGACGAAGGCGACGUGGAGUGGGGUCACCGGCGUCUCGAACUACCAGUGCAGGAAAGGAAGAAGCACAUGGCGCGGGCCUCAAUCGCGUCGCGGCAGGAUUCCACCACCGCGGGAACGCCCCUAAGCUCCGCCCGCGAGCUCGCUAGAACUCUGCCGCCCCGGCCGUGCCCGUGUCCGGCGCCGAGGAAGAAGGCGACAUGGCUGCGGCCAGAGGACACGUGGCGCCGUGCCUGAGAGAGAGAGAGAUGUGGCGGCGGCGUGCCGUGCGAGGCUGCGGCGGCGCCGUCCUCGGGCAUGUAGGCGGCGGCGACGGGAUGGGAGAGGACAGGGAGGAGGAGCGGCGUGGAGGGCGUGAGAUCGGGGAGACCACGUGCUGGGCCCCACCACGGACCACUGUUGCAGAAUACAAUUUCAUAAGAACUAUACAGUUUGCUAUACAUAUAGGCUUUCACGAAUCUCAACGUGGUUUGAGAAGUCCAGAUUCAGGGUGCGGUUGCCACCCGUUGCAAGUAGACAUUUCCCAGCUCUGAAGAGCUUUUCUCGUCUCCACCCCCUAAAAACUGGAUAGGCCCUUGCUAAAGAUGCUCUCGGUAGAGUAAACAAAAGUCGUUGUGCAUUUUGCCGCCCCUACCAUUAGAAGUAUCACUAGCAAGAGCACUCGCUCCAGCUCAGUGCCUCCCGUUUGCCACGAGCAGAGGAGCAGAGCAGCUCCCAAAUGUCUUGGUUUCUUCUCUGCCUGUCAUGGUUCGUCGUCUCCCUCGUCUCGGUCUACCUACUCGACCUCCUCGCCCACGCACGCCGCCGCCUCCCUCCAGGCCCUCUCCCGCUGCCCCUAAUCGGCAGCCUCCACCUCCUGGGCUCCCAGCCGCACCGCUCCCUCGCCCUCCUCGCCAAGACCCACGGCCCCCUCAUGUCCCUCCGCCUGGGCGCCGUCACCACGGUGGUCGUCUCCUCCCCCGCCGUCGCCCGCGAAAUCCUCCAGAAGCAAGACUCCGUCUUCGCCACCCGCUCCGUCAACGACGCCGUCCGCGGCCACGCCGCCAGGAACUCCGUGCCCUUCCUCCCCCACGCGUCCCCGCGGUGGCGCGCGCUCCGCAAGAUCAUGGCCACGGAGCUCUUCGCCCCGCACCGGCUCGACGCGCUCCAGGGCCUCCGGAGCGACAAGGUGUCCGAGCUCGCGGCCCACGUGGGCCUUCUGGCGCGGCAGGGCGCGGCGGUGGACGUCGGCCGCGUGGCGUUCGCGACGAGCCUCAACCUGCUGUCGCGCACCAUCUUCUCCGUCGAUCUGACGAGCCUGGACGACCACGGCGGGUCCAAGGGGUUCCAGGUGCUGGUGGCGGAGAUCAUGGAGACCGCGGGGAGCCCCAACGUGUCCGACUUCUUACCGGCGCUGGCGGGGGUUGAUCUGCAGGGCCUCCGCCGCCGGCUCGAGCGGAUGUUCGCGCGCCUGCACCUCGUAUUCGACGCCCAGGUGGACGAGAGGCUGCGCGCGCGCGACGGCGACGGCACCGGGAAGAAGAAGGACGGCGACGACGACUUCCUCGACGUGCUGCUCGAUAUCGCGGCACGUGAAGGCGACGGGAAGGACGGGCUAGACCGCGACACGCUGCGGUCCCUUUUCACGGACUUGUUUUCCGCCGGCAGCGACACAAGCUCCAGCACGGUGGAAUGGGCCAUGGUGGAGCUUCUCCGCAGCCCGUCCUCAAUGGCCAAAGCACACAACGAGCUCGCACGAGUCAUCGCCUCGGGGACAAACAUCUCGGAAUCCGACAUCGAGCGGCUUCCCUACCUACAAGCCGUGGUAAAGGAGACCUUCCGGCUGCACCCGCCAGUCCCGCUGCUGCUGCCGCGGCAGGCCCAGGCGACCGUGAGCGUCGCGGGCUACACGGUGCCCCGUGGGGCGCAGGUGCUGGUGAAUGUGUGGGCGAUGGGCCGUGAUGAAGCGGUGUGGCACGAGCCGGAGAGGUUCGCGCCGGAGAGGUUCCUGGGGAGAGCGGUGGAUUACCGGGGUGGGGACUUCGAGCUCAUCCCGUUCGGAGCCGGCCGCCGGAUUUGCCCCGGGUUGCCGCUGGCGAUCAGGAUGGUGCAUCUGAUUCUUGGGACGUUGUUGCAUCGGUUCCGUUGGAGGCUUCCGGUGGAUGUGGAGACGAGUGGGAUUGAUAUGGGCGAGAAGUUCGGGGUGACGCUCACCAAGGCCGUGCCUAUCUCUGCUAUGGCUACACCGAUUUGAGAAGUCUUGGCCCAGGCCCCUUGCUCGUUGUUAGGCAUUAUUGUGAAGCACGGGAUUGGAUUAUCGAUCAUUGGUGGGAAAUAUGUGAAUUUUAAACGCAUGUUUUUUUUUUUGACAGCUAAACCCAUGUUGUUUAUUUCUCUUGUCGUUGAUGCUGUCGCAGUCCAAAGAAAACUUGACGGUACAUCAUUGCGCGAAACGUAGUUAUUGACUUAAAUUGUAUUUGGUC